CUCGUCUCCGCUCAGUUCGCAGCCCUACUCUCCGCUGAACUCUCGUUUCGCUCCGUCUCCGUCUCUGUCUCUCUGGAAGAAGAGCUCCCUCGAAUCGACCUGAUUCGCCACGUUGUUGAGCUCGCCGGAGAGCCAUGGGUUUCGAGAAGAUCAAGGUCGAAAAUCCCAUCGUUGAGAUGGACGGGGAUGAAAUGACCCGAGUGUUCUGGAAAUCGAUCAAGGACAAGCUUAUUUUUCCCUUCUUGGAGUUGGAUAUCAAGUACUUUGACCUUGGUCUACUUCAUCGUGAUGCCACUGAUGACAAAGUCACGAUUGAAAGUGCGGAAGCAACUCUUAAAUACAAUGUGGCAAUCAAGUGUGCAACUAUUACACCAGAUGAAGCUCGAAUGGAGGAGUUUAAUUUGAAGCAAAUGUGGAAAAGUCCCAAUGGGACGAUUAGGAAUAUCUUGAAUGGCACUGUCUUCAGAGAGCCAAUAUUGUGCAAAAAUAUUCCCCGCCUUGUCCCAGGGUGGUCAAAGCCAAUAUGCAUUGGAAGACAUGCUUUUGGUGAUCAAUACCGAGCUACUGAUGCAGUCAUUAAAGGAGCUGGGAAACUUAAGCUCGUCUUUGUGCCAGAAGGCACAGGUGAGAAGACUGAGCUAGAAGUGUAUAACUUCACGGGUGCUGGUGGAGUUGCAUUGUCCAUGUACAACACAGAUGAGUCAAUCCGUGCUUUUGCUGAUGCUUCGAUGAACACUGCUUAUCAGAAGAAAUGGCCUCUCUAUCUUAGCACAAAGAAUACCAUCCUAAAAAAAUAUGAUGGAAGAUUCAAGGAUAUAUUCCAAGAAGUUUACGAGGCCAAUUGGAAGACAAAGUUUGAGGCUGCUGGAAUCUGGUAUGAGCACCGUCUUAUUGAUGAUAUGGUGGCUUAUGCGCUAAAGAGCGAGGGAGGUUAUGUAUGGGCAUGCAAGAACUAUGAUGGAGAUGUCCAGAGUGAUUUCUUAGCCCAAGGGUUCGGAUCGCUUGGCUUGAUGACAUCUGUCUUGGUCUGCCCAGACGGAAAAACUAUUGAAGCAGAAGCUGCUCAUGGUACAGUUACCCGCCAUUAUCGGGUCCACCAGAAAGGAGGCGAAACUAGUACCAAUAGCAUUGCUUCUAUAUUUGCUUGGUCACGAGGGCUUGCUCAUAGGGCCAAGUUGGAUAGCAAUGCCAGACUCCUUGACUUUGUUGAGAAACUAGAAGCAGCUUGUAUUGGAGCUGUUGAGUCUGGCAAGAUGACCAAGGAUCUUGCAAUCCUCAUUCAUGGACCUAAGGUUACUAGGGAUCAAUACCUGAACACCGAAGAAUUUAUUGAUGCUGUGGCAGCUGAACUCAAGUCAAGGCUUUCAUGCCAAUCUCUGCUGUAGACAGGUGACUGACGGAUAACAUGGGGGAAGGCAUUGGCGUCUGUGGCUGCGAUCCAGAAGAAGAAAUAAAGGGGGAUCGAUUCGGGGAGAAUGAGGUCAAUCCUGAAUGAGAUAUCAUUCAUAUACUUGGAUGGAUGGAUUUGUGUUUCACAUUUGAAUUGUCUUGAUCCCAAUUAAAAGAGUUUCGACCAUCGUGCAGUUU